AUGGCGUCACGGGACGAGAACAAUCCGUAUGGAGAUGCGCAGGAUCUAUUACAGGAUUCCCAGCAACUGGAAGACAGUGUCGAGGUAGUUGAUCAAAUCGAGGCCGGAUCCACCGUGCUGGAUAACGAAUCCGUCGCCGAUGGCGGGUACGAAUCAGAUUCGGCAACAAGCGCAUCUACCUCGGUUUCUUCAAGUAUAUGGGACUUUUCAUUCGAGAAUGGUAGGAGAUACCACAAGUUCAGGGAAGGUCGGUACAACUUUCCGAAUGACGACGUCGAACAGGAACGAGAGGAUAUGAAGCAUGCUAUGGUCAAGUUAUUGUGCCAAAAACUACACUUCGCGCCCAUAGGAGACAAUCCCCAUGAGAUACUUGACGUCGGGACAGGUACUGGAAUCUGGGCGAUCGAGAUGGGCGAUGCUUAUCCCAGCGCAAAUGUUCUUGGUGUAGACUUAAGUCCUAUUCAACCGCAAUGGGUGCCACCUAAUGUCCGAUUCAUGGUUGACGAUGUAGAAAGCGAGUGGCUUCAUCCGUUAAAUCACUUCGAUUAUAUACAUUCUCGACAUACAAUCAUGGCUAUAAAGGACUGGGAUCAAUUGUUAAUGACGUCCUACGAACAUUUGAAGCCUGGGGGCUGGUUGGAGCUGCAAGAAAUCUACCAUUUCCCUAUGAGCAGUAACAAUACCCUUGAGGAGGACCAUCCAGUCGCACAGUACUGGAAGUACGUGGAUGAGGGACUUGAAAGUCUCGGCGUUGACUUCAGGUUUUCGGAUGAAGGUCGGAUAGCCGCUUUAAUGCGACAGUGCGGAUAUAUCAACGUAACCGAACGCGUCUUCCACAUACCCAUCGGUACGUGGCCGAAAAACAAGACCUUGAAGAGCGUUGGGCUAUAUUGGAAGAAGAUCCUACUGGAUGGUAUUCAAGCCAUAGCACUCGGGCCGAUGACUAGAGGACUUCACUGGGGAAGAGAGGAGGUCGAGACCUUCCUGGUUUCGGUGAGAAAGGGGUAUCAUGACAACUCAUUGUUGUUGUACAUGCCGCUCGUCUGUGUUUACGGCCAGAAACCUGGUGGUCAGUGA